CACCGACUGGUCAGUCAGUCAGUCAUAGCUUAGAUCUAACCGAGUGCGGUCGUGUGUUUCCAGAAGCAACGUAUCGCGUCUACCCACCGUUUACUUCCUGCCUACAUCUCAUUAAAAGGGGAGAUAGAUUUCUCUUUUCUUUUUCGCGGCAGCUAACAGAAAAUCAGAACCACCAAUUCCAACAUGGCAGCCAAAAUCAAGGCCGGACCCGUCGUGGACAUCCUCGGCGAUGAGAUGACCCGCAUCAUCUGGGACUCCAUCAAGGAGAAGCUGAUCCUGCCCUUCUUGGACAUCGAGCUGCACACGUACGAUCUGGGCAUGGAGCACCGCGACAAAACGGACGAUCAGGUCACGAUCGAUUGCGCCGAAGCGGUCAAGAAGUACAACGUCGGCAUCAAGUGUGCCACCAUCACUCCGGACGAGGCUCGCGUCAAGGAGUUCAACCUGAAGAAGAUGUGGCGCUCGCCGAACGGAACUAUCCGUAACAUCCUGGGUGGAACGGUGUUCCGCGAGGCCAUCAUCUGCAAGAACAUUCCCCGCCUGGUACCUGGAUGGGAGAAACCCAUCGUGAUUGGUCGUCACGCUCAUGGUGAUCAGUACAAGGCCACGGACUUUGUCGUUCCUGGUGCCGGUGAUUUGGAGAUCAAGUUUACUCCAAAAGCCGGCGGAGAACCCAUCAGCUAUGUCGUCCAUCAGUACAAGGGACCAGGAGUUGCCAUGGCCAUGUACAAUCUGGAUGACUCGAUCGUUGAUUUUGCUCAUUCAUCGUUCAAGGUCGCAUUAGACCGCAAAUUUCCGCUGUACCUCAGCACCAAGAACACCAUCCUGAAGAAAUACGAUGGCCGCUUCAAGGACAUCUUCCAGGAAAUCUACGAAAAGGAAUACAAGACUCAGUUUGAGGCUGCCGGAAUCUGGUACGAACAUCGUCUUAUUGACGAUAUGGUUGCAUACUGCAUGAAGGCCGAAGGCGGUUUUGUGUGGGCUUGCAAGAACUACGACGGAGAUGUCCAGUCCGACACCGUCGCUCAAGGUUUUGGAUCACUGGGUCUCAUGACUUCGGUGCUCGUUUGCCCGGAUGGCAAGACUGUCGAAGCCGAAGCCGCCCAUGGAACCGUCACCCGCCACUACCGUCAGUAUCAGCAGGGCAAGGAAACUUCGACCAACCCAAUUGCGUCGAUCUUUGCCUGGACCCGUGGUCUGCUGCACCGUGCCAAGCUGGACAACAACGCCGAGCUGAAGAAGUUCGCCGAAACGUUAGAAAAGGUCUGCAUUGACACGAUCGAGUCCGGAAGUAUGACCAAAGAUUUGGCCAUCUGUAUCAAGGGAAUGGCGAACGUAACGCGGGCCGAUUACUUGGAAACGUUCGAGUUCAUGACAAAGCUGGGCGACAACCUGAAGGCUGCCCUGGCCUAAGGAAAGGUAGAAUCGGAAGUUUGGGUAUAUGCAUGCAAGGAUGCGGGCAUUUAACGCUGUACUUUAGGAUAAGCCGUACCACGGAAUUCUCAGAGAAAGCUGUUGCUCGAUGUGUAUUUUUGUGUUGGUCCAUUAAAAUAUGUAAUUGUGAGAUUUGUGUAGGUUUUUUGGAAAUAAAUCACAUCUUAUGGUACUACGAAUUUAUUAA